UUAACUGUAAAUGCGUCUUAGUUUCCAUUUUAUUUAAAAUGGUUAAAUACUAUUAAAAAUAUCUAAAUUAUAGAUAAAAAAUUAUAAUUUGUUAAAUAUUCUCGCUAUUUAAACAAAUUUUAGCUAUAAAUCUAGAAAUUUACUUCUAAAAAAGAAAUUGUUGAUUUUAUUUAACAUUAAGAUGAAAUAAGAUAAAGUAAGUAUAUAAAUAAAUAAAUAUUUGAUUUUCUAGCUAAAUCUUUUUACAAAAAUAAAAAAAUAGAUAUUAAAUUUAAAAUUAGAAAAAAUAAAAAAAAUAGAAGGGCGUACCCUUGUUAAGUAAAGUAUCUAAUUUUUGUUUGUUUGUUUCUUUUUUUUUUUUUGAUGUUAUUUGAUUUGAUUUUAAUAAUUUCUUUUAUUAUUUUUUGUUUUUGUAUUUAUUAUUUGUUUGUUAUUUAUUUAUUUAUCUCUGUUCUGUCUGUCUGGCUCUUAAUUUCUUUUAUUAUUUUUUUUUAUUUUUAAUUAAUUUUUUAGAUUUAAAUUUAUUUUUUCUUUUUAUAAUUUUUUAAAUACUAAGAGAGAAUUCGAAGUAUAUCGAAACGAAAUAAAGAGUAAAUCUAUAUUUUUAAGCUUUUAUUUUUUUAAAAUGCUUUUUUCCAAGAGAGGUGUGAUGAUUUGCAAAGGUGA